UCGAUCGAACUCCCACCACAGUUGCCAUUGCAGUUCCGAUCCUGCUGGCUUGCAACUUUUCUCUCGCUCGCUCUCUCUCUCGCGCGCUCUCUCGCUCUCUCUCUCUCUCGCUCUCUCUCUCUCCCCACCGCCUCCGACUACCGACUUUGUUCGGAAGUCGCGGUGAUAUAUAAAAGAUGCGCGAGUCUGUCGAGGUGAAUUAGGGUUGCUUUUUUAUUUUUUCUUCGGGGUGACUGGCGAUCCCUACGGCGAGCGGUUUGCCCAUCGAGAGGCGCGCGGAGCUGCAAAACAUGAUCAUCACCUCCUCGGGCUCCGUCGCGCGCUCCGCUCCUCUCGCAGCUCCGCUCCCGGGCUUUCGUUUCAUGCCCGACACCCUGAUCCGCCUUCCAAAAAUAAGCCAGCACCACCAUGCCGAGGGACGAAAAACAAGAAGAGAGGUAUUUUUAGGGCCAAUAAUUCGGACCACGUGCCCCGAAGGUAAACCGGAUGGCCACCGCGCACACGUUCCUCAUCAGUAUGUCCCGCGAGGCCAGCGCGCGCUGGACGCCCACCGCCACCCUGCUCCUGGGGCUCCUGCUGGGGGUCGUGUCAUCACAUCCGAUCGCGAGCAGGACUAACGCAACUUCACUGGAGCAGCAGUGGGAGCGGCUCUUCUCGCGCUCCGUGCUCGGGCUCUCCGGGGAGAAGGCGGACCUGCGCUGGGAGAGCGACUACCUGCUGGGCAUCAAGAGGGUGCGGAGGCUCUACUGCAACGUGGGCAUCGGGUUCCACCUCCAGAUCCUGCCGGACGGCUCGAUUAGCGGUGUUCACGAUGAGAACCAGUACAGUCUGAUAGAGAUCUCCACGGUGGAGCGAGGAGUGGUCAGUCUGUACGGGGUCACGAGUGACCUGUUCGUCGCCAUGAGCAGCAGAGGAAGGCUGUACGGAUCGGCAGUCUUCCGAGACGAGUGCAAGUUCAAGGAGACCCUGCUGCCAAACAACUACAAUGCCUACGAGUCUUCCAUUUACAAGGGCUUCUACAUCGCCCUCAGCAAGCACGGCCGCGUGAAGAGGGGCAACAAGGCCACCACCGCCAUGACGGUCACACACUUCCUCCCCCGAAUAUGAACUAAAUGUCGCAAUAACCCACUCACUAAUUUGCACAUGUAAUAUAAUAACUCACUGACACAUAUUCGAAAAGACUGACUGCAAAACACUACAUAUGAUAGUAUUUAUUCUGUCUUUAUAUAUGUAUAUUUGGGUAGUUACCUUUAUAAUAGGAUUUACAUAUAUGCCAUAAUUUGCUGCUUAUUAUUUUUACGAUCAUUAUAUACUGUAAAGGGGGAGAGGCUUUGCCGGUCUUCUCACUUUAUAUGGGUGCUUGCCGUAGCUGACGGAAACAUCACCCUGUCAAUGGUGUGACUGAUGUCCUCAGCUUUUCGAGGUGAAACGGAUACUUUUUAUUACCUCAUACAGCUGCCUCCGGAGAGGAUGCAUGAAGUUACGCGCGGCAGAAUGUCUGUUAACCUGUUUGAGAACGUGACCCUUAAGAUCACCAUUGUCAUUGUCCAGCAAGGGGAACUGAAGCCCUCUGGUGCGGUUCCCUUACCAUGUGACAAGAUGGUGCCCCAAGGUCCCAACCUCACCCCCCACCCCCCACACCGUCAUUACUUGCAUGCAAGAAACACGCCUCACAGUCAGAAAUAGGGUUGACACACAAGCCACGUGACUCUCAGGGGGAGUUGUAGUCUAAUUCCUGGAGAGCCAGGAGUAUCUCAGUUUAUUUAUUUUUUCCAUAAUUAGACAAAUUUAGUAAUUGAGACUCUGAGCUGGACAGAGACCAGAGGAAGCUAUGGCUGUGUCUGGAGCCAGAGAAACCCCAAGGUGAAGGGGGAGGGGAUCUCAUCUCACUGAAGACUGCCAAACCUGGUCCAGUAGCCUUGCGAUUUCAGGACUUUCUUGGGACUAGCUUGGAGCCCACCAUCAUCAGAACUCAGAACUGUCGACAGCUGCAUCUUGAUUUCAAAAACAGCAAAGCAACCCUGCUGCCAGUGGAUUUGGACACUGCUGUCAAGCACUUGAGCUAAGCACCCCAGCUUAUUUAAGUCUGGUAAGUGCUCCAUUAAAGAAGUGUGUAACGAGAUAUAUAAACUGUAAAACUGCAAGCGCUGCAGCCUGCUCUACAGAGCACAUAGGACUACUGCAAAUAAUAUGAAUAAUAUACAACGCCGGGGAAAAGAGUAGCGUUACGUUGCUUCGUUCGUGCGACUGAAAAUGGCCAAACACAUCUUAAAUGUACGAGCUACUCUCAGUGUACGUCCCCUAUGUGUAGACCAUAAUGAGAUGAGAUGGUCUCGCACAUGUCUUGCUGGGAUGCCUGCAUUAUGAAAACUCCUGAUCAUUUCGCCAUGAAUUGUGAAAUAAUGGCACCCGACCCUGGUGGUGACAAACUGUCCCACACUGGCAUUGCAGCAGCAGAAGUGUGCUGUAGUUGGGCAGCAAGGAUGGGAAGCCGGUGACAGCCAGGAUGUGGUGUCCAGGGGAAAGAUGGAAGAUGAAGCACUGCGCGUACAUCAAGGUACGUCAGGGUACAUCGAGGACUCUGGGAUGCCUGCAAGAUGCCCUGCUACAAUGCCAAGGCUGCUGCCCCUAUCUAGGACUGUGCUGCCUUGCUGAAUGGGGGUAGAACUGGCCUAUUUUAAUUUGGAAAAAAAAGACCGACACUGGCACCGGUUGUUUGUUUAACCUUGCAAGAAUGCGGAUCCGGCUGGGGCUAAUGGGCUACUUCCUCAAAUACCUGAGCAACCCCCCCCAUUCCCACCUGUCACUGUAAAAAGACAUCGGCAACGACCUCGAGAUUCCGGCGGUGCUGUGGAACGUCCAGCGCCGCUCGAUCCGUUUUUAGUCAAAGGUCGUGGCGACAGGCUCGCUGACCCUCGUCCAGCGACACAUCCUAGACUCCUCCUUUUUAUUCCUUCCAGAAUUGACUCUCGAUAAGUCCUUCAUUGAUUAACUAAUAACGCACCGCUGAGUGAAGAAGAACAAACAUUGCACGGAUUAUAGUCAGUUUGAAAUGCUGCGUUUGUUAAAUUCAUUGUUAUCUGCUUUUUUGUUGGCUGCUGACCGAUGGAAAGACAGGGUCAUUCUGGACUCCCGGCAGCCCUGUGGGCAACAAGCAUGGCCUCAUGACUAAUGUUAUUAGUGUCCAAAGUUAUGUGUAGCUUUUAGGACAAAAACGUGGAGAAAAAUCGGCACCAGUGCCAUUUUUUGUCAGAAUCCCGGAAUGCCUGAACAUAUCACAACCUUCUGACUUUCAAAAAUAAGUAGUUGUCCCAAAGUCAGGAGCAGGCAAACCCAAGCAGCCCUUUGCUGCAUCGCUCGGGUGGAAUGGUGCUUUCCUGCUGCUUGGCCCCCACCCUACUCUGCAUCCAAAAUGUAUUUGGGAGGGGACAUCUGCAGGCUUGUCGCAGUGUGUGCGAGGGGGGAGAAGAGAGCCUAAUCAGAGGAAGCCUCAGUCUUCCCAUCAUGCUCUGUUUUUGUGCAGAAGCGACUAAAGGCAAAAAGGCUUUAGCAAGAUCAGUUUACUGCUCUUCAGGAAAUUACCUGCUAUGCCACUCUUGGCUUAUUCUGCUAUUUUAAGCAUAUAAUCCUCCCCUCAUGCUUCAGGUGUCUCAAAUGAGCGAAGGUGGUACGUGCGUUUUCUGGAGGGACUUCCACAUGAAGGUCUGAAUCUCCCCUUUGUGCUUUUGUCCAUGCAGUGCAUUCACUCGCAAGAAAGUGUAAUAAAAAUGAGUUGUGUAAAAGCAAAAGGGCCCUGCUUCAAAUGGAUGGCACGGUGGCCUCUUUGCGUGGGCUGUGGAGAAUUAAAUUCCGCUUUGUUUUCAUUACACUGAGCUUACUUUGCCUGCAGAAAUAAAACUUUUUUUUACUGAAGGGGUUCAGGAACACCUGUCUGUAUUCAAAGAGCAUGUGAAAGGAACAAUUUUUAAAAAAAAAGGAGUGCAGAGGAAUUAAAAUGUGGAAGCUGAUGAGAUCCCUAGAAGUUCUCGAGAGAUAAAAACUGGACAAGGUCCCUGGAACUCAGGGCCACAUGUGCAAGGUUCCUCUGGCUAUGGAAUCAAUACAGCAUGUGAAUAACGCACUGGGAAAUAGUUGGGAAAAUAAAACCCUGGCAACUGUGUUGUCUACUCCUGCUUCUCAGUUUAUUUCAUCAGCUGCAAAUCAGUCAAAUUGAAAGGAUAUUUAUUUCAUCUGGACUAUGAGGGCAUGUCAAAGCAGGUUCUUACAGCUAAUAUUUGCUUCAGAACGUAAAGUUGCCUUUCGACUCUUGCACAUGUAUUUCAAAUAAA